AUGCGCCUCGAAAAGUGUUAUUUCUGUUCGUCUACAAUAUAUCCAGGACACGGGACAGUAUUUGUUAGGAAUGAUUGUAAAGUAAGUCGUCUACUGACAUUUUAUUUCAAGAUGUGUGGCCAACCUGACCCAAACUACUACUCCGCGUUGUCAAAUCCUUCCGAUCGAACUCAAUAACCAAGAAAAAUUGUCCAGUCCAACAUAAUCGAGCGUUCGAAUUCCGAAUUUUCGGUUUCCACAUCAUUGCCAACUUUCUUCAUCGAGGCAUUCGAGGAAAAAGUCAGUGUUUUGUGUUGAUUUUGUGUCGUCGGGCGAAACGACCGCAAUUCAGUGUAAUCGUGCAGUACUUGUUGUGGUACGGGUAAGAUCUCCGCACGUGUGUGGAGCUAGCAAGCAAAUCCUGAAGAGGAAAACGUUCGGUUGACUUCGUCUAAAAACACCCACUAUUCGACGAAUAGAAAUAAUGCUUGGAGCAACUACAGAAUACAGGACAAAAUCUUAAAGAGGCUCGGUUGCUCGCUAGUCAAGACAAGUGUUUAUAGAACGAGAAAGAUAAGGGCCCCAGUUGUUCAAAAGGUGCAUAACGCUAUCCUCUGGAUAAAUCUCUAUAGUGCCAUCCAACAUUUGAACAACUGGUCGUAAGUGUAAGUCGACAGACAUAAGAAAGACGUAAAGUAUAAGUUUUAAAGAACAAGUAAAGGUAUAAUAAUAAUUUUAGUGGCUCAGUGGCUUGUCAGUCAAGGUUAGAGUGUGAAAGAAAGAGAAAGGUAUGUAUUUUAGUGGCUCGGAGGCUCAGAGGCUUCUUGAAUUGUCAGUCAAGGUUAGUGUCUUACAGAACGAGACAGGUAUAAGUGGCUCGGUGGCUUGGUCUGGGGGCUUGGUGGCUCAUCAGCAAAUGGCAAGCCUCUGAGCCACUCAAACUAAUAUAUACCUGGAAAACGGGCCAGGUAUUCUGUAGUUAUGUCGGAGAGACUUUAUUCAUACAACCAAUGAUAUUAACCAUAGUUUUGACAAUGACGUAACAGAGAUUAGCCCUCUCAAGGAUUUGUACAGCUCCAUAAUAAAUAAAGGAAGAGACAAUUUAAACUUGUUGAUGCUGUUGAUCUUUAUAUGAAGCUUGUUUAUGAUACACUGUAGAUCUUCAGAUUUUGCCGUUCAAAGUGCCACAAGAACUUCAAGAUGAAGCGAAACCCCCGCAAAAUAAAGUGGACAAAAGCCUUCAGGAAAGCGGCUGGCAAAGAACUUGCUAUAGUAAGUAAAAGUGAAAUGUUUGCUUUACUGCCAUACAUUACACAUGUAUAACUAACACUAGUAAUAACAUCACGAUGUAAUUGACCAAUCAGAUCAAUAACCAGAGUAUAAUACCAUCAACUGACAUGAUACAACUCACUUUGACUCUGAAGAUGACUACCACACAGGUUGUCGAAACGUCAGUCACUGUCAACAACAACAGUCCUAUUCAGGACCACGUUCACCCAGAUGAUCAAACUCAGCCUACUUUUGAAACCUGAUGGGCGUGUAAUAUUGAGAAAUCAAAAUAAAACACUUUUAUCAAUACAAAUAUCAGCAGCUGUCUUUAUCAGUGUUAUUGUUUAUCCUCCCACUUUACAAUUCGAUACUAUUUCAUUUUUCCUCAAAAAUGCAGAUAUGGUGUGCAGAAUGCAUUGUUAACAUAAUAUCUACAUAUUCAAUUACCUUAGAGUGGAAAUUUUCCUACAUAAAAAAACUUAAUUGAAAACUGCGAGAAAAACUUUUAAACAAACCUGUAGUAAACAGAAAAUCGCCAACAUUUCAUCUUUGAACAAGUGUCACAAAAUAGAUACCAGCUCGCAGGUGAGAAGAACUGGACACAAGAGAGUACUGUACUUUUUACAUUUACUUGGUUAAACUAGUAACAACAGGUCAAACACUAGUAACAACAGGUCAAACACUGACUAUGAUCCUCAGGAUAUUCCUUUGCACUCUAGCAUGGUCAAUAAAACUGGCUUAUAAUUGGGAUACAGAAAAAUUAAAGUUACCUGAAAAGUUUAAGCUUCGAGUAUCACUUUAAACCCUUGUUGCGUGACACUAGGCUAACACGACUCACCUCAUUCAACGCACCUGGAAUUAGUGAGAUAAAAAGGUCAACGUUUCACUGUUCAACUUCUUGUAUAUUUUUCAAAAAUGGUGACAAACAAAAGCAAAUACAAUGCUGUAAAUAGCUUUUAAAAGCGAAAAGAUGUUAUUUGUAAUAGAAUUAAAUCUGGUCAAUCUAAGCUGAUCUUGUUUGAAUCCAUAAAAACAAAUAUGGUGUGCAGAACACAUUGUUAACAUAAUAUCUACAUAUUCAAUUAUCUUAUAAUGGAAAUUUUCCUACAUAAAAAACUUAAUUGAAAACUGCGAGAAAAACUAUAAACAAACCUGUAGUAAACAGAAAAUCACUAACGUUUCAUCUUUGAAUGAGUGUCACAAAAUAGAUAUCAGCUCGCGGGUGAGAAAAACUCAACACAUGAGAUCGAGGCAAAAUGUGCCAGGCUGGUCCAAGAUGGCAUCCAAACCGCGAAAUCACAUGGCAUACAGAACGGUUACUACUUCAUGUACGGUACACAAAUAGCAAGCGUUCUCCUUCGUUGAAUGCAAUAAUUGGUAACAUACUUAUGUAGUUGGUAUGUAGGACUUCAAUCUGCAUCAUGAUGUCUAAUCCACAUCUCUAUCCUCUACAACAUCAAGGGCUAACUGCAGAAACCACAGUUAGAAGUCAAACAAAUGCCACAGUGAGCAGUUUUAUCUCAAUUACUAACUACAGCCAUACACCAGAGGAGUAACCAACUUUUUGACUUGUUGUAGGCCUGGCUUAUGUUUCCACAUAUCCUUGUUUAUAAUUAUUUGUUUAUAAUUCUGCUGAUUGCACGCAUGACUAGUACGCACUAGUCACUAACCUCACCAACACUUUGAGCUCUUAGUGUUUAUGCUCACCCCAACAACACAUAAUUUAUUACAAGUGCUAGAGUGAUCAAACCAAAAAUUACUGGUCUAUGUGCUGGCUAUGCCCCUGUACACACACGGUAUGAAGGAAGGUGUUGAUUGACCAUUUCUGAUUCUGCUCAGGCCUUAAAGACAGCCAUUCUUAAAGUUUACUUCUUGGGAGAUCUUAACUUAAGCUGUAGACUUUCCUAAGAAUUUUCAAGUUUUGAUUUGCUAUUGUAUAAUAAUAAUAAUAAUAAUAAUAAUAAUAAUAAUAAUAAUAAUAAUAAUAAUAAUAAUAAUCUUUAUUUCUUAAGAUAAAAUGACAUAUCCUAAGUUACAGUAUAAACUCAAAAAACUAUUUACAUAUCAUAUCUAAAAAUUAUUCUGUUACUAAAAACGUUCUUAAACCUGUCAGUGUAGAUUCUAGGGACAGAGACUGACGAAUUUCUAAGAUUGUACCUCGUGUUCUUUUCCUUAGGUAGAAACUGGAAGAACGGACAUUCGGGGUCACUCAAUCUUUUUUUGUAGCGUGUCUUGUCUGCCCUCUCUAGCAAGUCCCUGAUAUUAACCAUUCUUGGACAUAAACUUUCUUUUCAUACACCGGUCUAAAAAUUUCUGUAUUACAGAAAGGUCGGAAUCUGAGGCACCAUAAACCGGCAGAGCGUAAGAAAAAUUUGGUAAAACUAUUGCGUUAAAAAGGUGAUCUAACCUUUCUUGUUGUCAGUGAAUUAUUGUCAAUGUGAUUUCAAAUUAUUUACAUUUAAUCAUGAGAGGACACAGAGGCUUUUUACUGGAAGUACCAUCCCACGCAGGGAUGUUUUCUCCGCGGGCAGCUAAUCCGACUUAAUCCCAUUUAAUAUGUCGCGCUCCUCGAAAGCGCAAAAAUUUUCUUGUCGUGUAUUAGAUUUCAGAUACAUUUUCUUAAUCUUCAUUUCGCGCCAGAAUAAAUUAGUUUGCGCGUAAAGGGCUCCUAAAAAAAUCACAAUGUUUGUCCCACUUCGAAUCCACCUUGUGGAGAUACACCAGCUUGGUAGCUGGAAUACAUUGCCGAGGCGAAGAUCUGGCAUUUUUUCCUCCUCGUCGUAUUUUCUUCACGGCAAAUGUUUAUAUUUGUAAUGAGAAUGCAGCACAUAUCGGUGGAUUUUACUUCAUGCGGCUUGCUACUUCUGAAAGAAGAGUGCCGGAUUUCAUCGUUUUGUUCAUGUUUAUUAGUGUUGGCAAAUGUAAGGUAAAUGAACCGACCACUGUAAGGUAAAAAUUGAAGUUUUAAAUUUGUUACUCGGCAAAAAAUCGUGGAAUUGGAAGUCGUGAAACUCGUGAGUAUUACCUCUGUUACCUAAUGUCAUGCGAUGAAUCCUCGCUUUUUCGAUGUGUAACACAGAUACAAGCGAUAAAUUUCUUUCGCAAAGUGAAGUACAAUUUACUUAACAAGACCAUUUGAUGAAUAUUUCUCGUUAUAUGCUUUAUUCAUAUUUGCUUGGCUUAUUCAGGCUACAAGCCAGGAGUUUGAUGACAAUGUUUGUGUGCUAUAAUUAUGCUAAUAAGUUUUUGCACCUUUAUAUUGAAACUCAUGUAAGCCAAACGUUUGUUAACUCUGGCAAAACACUCUUCUGUUAUGGAGGAACUUUUAACGUCUUUCGGGGCCUUAAUAUGGUCAAAUUUUUUUAGGGGAAACAAACCUUGAUUUUGGCCAAACAGACUAUGGCUUUUUUGCCUUUGAAGAGAGCGCGAGGCAAACAUCGUGAGUACAGUGUAAGCCAGUGAUGCUUUAGGUAGAGCUAACAAACAUAGGCUGCACUUUAGGUGGCACACCCAUGGGUGCAGUGUAACCCAGUGAUUCUUUAGGUAGAGCAAACAAACAUAGGCUGCACUUUAGGUGGCACACCCAUGGGUGCAGUGUAACCCAGUGUUUCCUCAGGCAGAGCUUACAAACAUAGACUAUACAGGUGUACAUCAGAUGGUAACAAGUUUUCCAGUUAAAACUUUGUCAUAAAAUGCUACACCAUGGCACUUCGACUAUUUCAUUAUCGUGCUUGUUUUGACGAAGCACAAUUGAUAGUCAGGAGAAGUCGUAUUGUCUAAAACCAUAGCAAAAGACAAAUUUACACACAUCACAGCGUUAAGGUAAGGUAAUACACGGUAUUUCCUUCAGGUACAUUUACAUUUUGUGUUAGGUUAUAAGCGAUUAAAUCACAUGCAGCGACGAACAAAACGCGAAGCCGUCAGAUAUUCUAGAACCAUGUUAUUUACAGUGCUGUGCAUUAUAUUUGCUUAACUAACUAACUACGCGCUGAUGGAAUUUUGAAACAAUCCACUGGUCCCGUAUAGUCAUAAUUGGAGCGGAAAGUUAGCACGCGAGCAGGGCGAUUCUGGUGUGGUUUCUGUAAUGUAGAAGAUAUUAUGGCAAUGAGGCUCCCGAGGUCCGUUCUGGAAGUCACAACUACAUGUAGGAUGAAAUGUAUUCUGGGUGCAGACGUCUCCUUUUCCAGGUCAGAUUAAAUAAACCAUACCAACGGUUUGUUUAACAAAGCUCCCGUGAGACGGUUUUUUGGUGAUUUUAUUAAUUUUUCCGAUCCAUUUUUUUUUCUCAGCUCUAUUUUCGCGGCUUCUUGCGAUACAAACUAAAUUCAUUUUUAGUUGUGAUGGCAUUACACUGCUUAAUCAUGACGGCUUUGGAAGAAACUGACUAUCUUGCGCUUCGCGAUUUCGCAAAAUCGCUGUGGGAAUUAAAAAAUAUUUUCUUCCAAAAAAGCGUUUUCACGCUUCUUUCUAUAGUCUCUCGUUUUCUAAAGGUCCUCGAGAACAGAAUAAGACAAUAUUUUAUUACCUACAACCUAAAAACCUGAUUUUUGACCACAUUGAAACAAAACUGACCUCUGAAAUGGAAGAAGAAAAGCCUAUUAUUUUUGCCGGCUUCGGCCUGCCGACGCCAUCGUGUCUGCUUUGCUUUCAUAUGAUGACAUUUUCCUGACAGAAGGGUGUCGGGAAAAACACCUCGCGCUGAUCAUACGUGACAAAAUCCGCCGCACCUAGGCAUAUAGGGAACAAGAUUUACUAAACUGUAGUACUGGUGUCCACUAUGUAAUAGCCACUACACUGCAAAUGAUGCCACAGUGUACAGCGUAAAUUCUCAUGGAUGCCGUACAGCACAUUAUGAUUGAAAGUGACCUACAUGUACAACACAUUUAGGGUCGAAUCGAAGUCUAACUUAGAACAUGGAUUAAAAAACCAUUGGACGUUCAGAUCUCUUUGUUAGUGGGUCAAUUUAAGAAAAUAAGGGCUUUUUCAGGCUACGCUACUUUAUAGAAAUUGUUCAUGAUAAGUGGUGUUUAGAUAAAAAUGUUGGGCAAACUGAAAUGGCUUAGAACACAGUUUUGUUAAACACAGGUGAAACUCCGUUUCAAUAACUGGCCCUUAGAGUUGUAAUAAUAAUUGCUCAUUCACUUCCUCUUCUUUCACAGGACAAUUCAUUAGAAUUUGAAAAGAAAAGACAUGUUCCUGUUAAAUAUAACCGAGAGCUGUGGUCUAACACUGGUGAGUAACACAUGAUAUGAAGAUACAGAUUUCUUUACAGGCCAUCUGAUAGAGUGGGAUUAAAAAUCAGAAGUUGUGCGAUAUUUCGGGGUAGAUUGUGUGAUAAGAUGGGACAAUUAUGCAACAAAUUAUGCAAUUUUUUCAAUUUACAUUGUUUUACCAGGUUUCAAAGGAGAAAAACCACUUUAAUGUUGUUUAACAGGCAAUUUGAAUGUAAAGGAAUAAUAAAACAUCUAAUUAUCAAAUUUAAAACAAAAUAGUUAAAUUUGUCCGAUAAUUUUUACCCAGAAAAGAAAAAGGAGACUUUUUUAAUAUUACAUGAUGCCGUUACACUGCUGACCACACUGCUUGUCUCUGAAAUCAAAAUGGCCACCCAGAUACCGCGAUCGAAGGUUUCAGAUGUCUUGCAAGGCUUUCCUUCGUGGUAAAUCACCUAAAUAACAUUAAGAUUGGGAAAAUGUUUAAUUAAAGUGACAAUUCAUUGUUUAUUUUACUUGAAUUUAGCAUUUUUUUUACGAAUUAUGCAAUUUUCCUUAAAUUGUGAAUUUGAUGCAAUUUGAGGUCAAUUGUGCGAAAUCGCACCAUCGCGUAAUAUCAGAUGGCCUGUCUUUACAGCUUUUAUAGGACCUCAUGAGCAACCCUCCAAGUUAAAUUUUUCCUUUGGUGGCCAUUUGGUGACCAACUCUUUAGGUUUAAUUGCCAAAGGAUUUUUUUAGGCCCCAAAAUAUAUGUAAAUAAUUAGAGUUUUAAUAAUUGGUUAAGAAUUAAUUUGGGCUUAAGAAUGGUAUUGUUCAGCCAAAACAAUGUUUCUAAGCGGCAUUUACCAUUUUCACAAGUGUAUACGGUAACUUAUAACCCAUGUUGAGUAACAUCCAUGUCUUUCUUCAAGUACUGUAAAAUUCCGAAAAUAAGCCCUGGGGCUUAUAUUUUUCAAAGGCCCUUUUUGAGGGGCUUAUUUUUGGAGGGGCUUAUAUUCAGAGGGGCUCAUCUACGGAAGGGAAUUUGCGUUUCAAAAUCAAUUAGGCCAGCUAAUAGAUGGAAGGAAAUUUACCAUUUUUGCUUUGUUUUACUUUGUAUUUGAGGGCAAUUUCCAAGUACAAGCCCCCCAGGGGCUUACAUUUGGAGGGGCGAUGUAACGGAGGGUAAUUGCGUUAUGAGUUUGGGGUGCUUAUAUUUAGAGGGGCUUAGACAAGGAGGGGCUUAUUUUCGGAAUUUUACAGUAUCAAAACCAAAAUUUUAGUCGCCAUGGCACCCAAAGUGGUCGCAGCUUGGAGGGUUUAUGAGUAAAGUGUAAAUGACAGUAAUCAGAUAUUCAAUAUUACAAAAAUAUUUAUGAAAUGUUUCUAUAAUAUCCUAAUUACUUUUUGAAAUCAACCAUGAUAAGUCCAGAAAAUAGAAAUAAGGCAAAUACCAUUGAAGCUCAACUAAUGGUUCCCUUUUCACAAUGUGCAAUCUGUCUCUGUGUUUUUAUUAAUUUUUCUCUCAAUGUUUUUUCUUCUCCUGGUGAGCAGUCCUACAUUCACAUCAAAGUGUUCCCAGCAACUAAAAUUACCCCUCUACUACACAGGGGCACCCAACGACAGUUUCCUCCUAAAUGCUUUGAAAACACUUUUUAGGUAAUCCACAGUACUUUUAGAUCUCUAGAAAUGCAUUCUAAGUGGCGCUAAAAAAUUUGUCUCUGUUCGGACAUCCUAGGGCAACUUGAGUCUUUUCAAAAUUACAAGGGCUUCAGUAUUAUUUUCCCCAAAAUUAUACAACGUAGCUGCAAUUUAAAGUUUUAUGAAAGUGAGACAUGUAGUUUUUCUGAUUCCUCCCUGCAUCACAUCUUCGAUUCCGAAAAUUUUAGGUUUCCUUUCUCUACGAAAAAUAGCCUAACCUGCAGUGUUCUCCCUUAAUUUUAGCUUAGCAGGUAAGGGACCAUUCUUCACCGGUAAGACCAAAAAUAUGUGCCAGAGGCGCACUCUCCUGCCAGGGGAGGGGCUUCGCGUUCAUGAAGGCUUUUAUUUUCCAGCAUCCUGUCAACCAAUUGGCCGAAAAGUAUUUUAAACACCUCAAAACAAACACUUUUACGAAUGAAGGCUGCCUUUGCCGCUAGGGUCAAUUUAGUAACAAAAGUCGCAGAAGUCGUGAACUUUUCCUGCUGGUCGAAAAAGCUUAGAAUUGGAACAGAAGCCCACGAAAAAAUCGUUAGCUUGCAGUUCUUUGAAAGGUGCCAGUCAGCAUUUAAAUAAAGUAAUUAUGGAAAAUAGCUGUGUUUUUCCGUAUUCAUUUCCUUUUCUUGUGGGGAUCGGCUUGGAUCACAACUUGCAUAUUUUUUGCAACAAUUUACACUUCAAGACGUUGCAGACGGUAAGAAGUGUUGCUUCAAGCGGUAAAUUUUACCGGUUACCGCCUGACAAGGAGAACACUGAACCUGGGGAGUGAAAUGGGAAAAAUGAAACUUCAGAAAAUCGUAGGGAAUUUAUUAGAUAAGCUUCGAAAAUUGUACAUGAAUGGAAUGGUCAUCUAGAUAUUUUUAGUCUUCCUCAAGCUAUUAAAAUUCUAGGCAGUUUUUGCCUCUCGGAACAGAUAUUUUGUUAGGCCAGGUGUAGUGUAUAGGUUACAGCGGUCAAUGAGAGAUACUACAUGGUUUUUGUGGAGAGACUGGACUGUACAGUGUAGUUGCUUCUCUGGAGUAUUACAAGGAAUACUUCCAGAUAUCACAUGCAUGUAUUCAUGCUCUCUGAUUGAGUGACACUAUUAUGUAGUCCUGUAACAUGUCAGUAAUUUACUAACUUUUCUUAAUUAAUAAUUUGCAUUCAUUGAUACAAAAUAAUGUAAGUUAAGUUGCUCCACGGAAGCAAAAUUCACACGGAUCAUACAAUGUAGGUAUGAGAUCUUUUAAUUUCUGCUUUAGUUUUCUUGUAAGUUGAUAUAUGGUUUGAAAAUCUGUUAGAGACCUACAUAAAAUAACUUAAAGAUUAUACAUAUAAGCUUGUAUCUGAUGUGAUCCUGAUUUGGCUCGUGCAAUAAUCUCAUUGUAUUUGAUUUCAAACAGUGAAAGCCAUGAAGAGAAUAGAAGAAAUCCGAAGCAAGAGGCAGGAUCUUCACAUCAAAAACAGGUCUGGUUCAAUCAUAUUUCUCUUUAAGUGACCUUUCUUAGUUAAAACUGCAUUAAAUGCACUAAUUUGCUGUCAUUGUUUUUAGAUUAAGGCCUGACAAGCAACUAAGAAAGGAAGCUGAGUCAAAGGAAGUCAAGCAAGGAAUAGCACUCAUAGCUCCUCCAGGUGUGUCCAGUUUAUUAUUAUUUACUCGAAUAAAGAAUAUUUUAAACUAUCCAAAGUAAGUUACUUCACUUCAAAUCAGACUUAUCUCUGCCUAUUUUAGGACUUAAAACCAUGAUACCAGCUCGCAUAUUCUUCUUAUCCCCUGAACUACAGUGUUUAUUUUCCAAACAUUUCCUGUGGUACUGACUUACAUGUACUAUGCCUGUAUAGCUAGUGCUCCCUGUUGAAAUUAAAUCGGUUGAUUAACCAUUGUCUUUAUUAACAUUAGCAACUGAAAGUUUCAGUAGAACCUCAAUAACUCGGAUGACUCGAACUCCCCGCUAACUUGAAGUUAGUUCCCCUUUAUCAAAAUUUCACCGAAAUUUACCCUGAUAACUCGAAUUCUGGUUCUUGUAACCCCAUUCGGAUGCUAUCUUAUUAGUUCUCCUUGUUGUAUAAUUGGUAAAAACGCUAAAAAUAACCCUACAGCGGUUUGAUUUUAAUUGGUACAACGAACAGAUCAAACAUAAAAUGUGUGUUACGACUCUCCUGUGUGGUCCAUGGGCCGAUUUAUGGCCGUUUAAUGGGUUUUACUAGAAACUCAUAAAAGGUUUUCUCUCUAUAUAAAGGUUUCAUUGAAAUCCUUUCAUUUUCAGGGGUUCAGUGGAAACGAUAUACCUGUGGUUUAUCAUAAAAAUGUACAAUCAUGUGAACGUUUCGAAUAAAACAAGUAAAUUUGCAUUGUACCAUACACCAAAGUGCUGAAAAACCCGGGGGGGGGGGAAUCCGCAUAUCAAAGGGGUGGGGAUGCUCGUCGGAAAUUUUGAAUUAACCCCUAAAGGAGACCGAUCUGGGCGUGGCCCGAGCUUUUUUUGACCCCUGUUUUUUUAUAUUUUCUCGCGUGCAACCCUAAACGAGACCUUUACGGCUAAAUAUGAUGGCGUUUUGCCCAGAACACCCUAAGUGAGACCAAAAUCCGAAAUUUACACCCCUAAGCCAGACGACGAGCAUGCCCACCCCUUUCAUAUGCGGAGUCCCCCCCCCCACCCCCACCCCCCUCCCGGGGGGCUAAAAAAUCAGUAGCUAUUUAAAAUUAGUAACAUGGCAAGUUGAAUAUUCAGUCUAUCCCGAUAACUGUAGACUCUUCACAGUCCUCUAUUUUUCCGUAAGAUCGUCGGGAUCGAGAGCUUUGCGUUACGGGCUGCCAACUUCCAUGAGUGUCAAAACUACUUAGGGGGCGGGGGCGAUUUGGGAGGAGACCCCCUCGGUACGUUUGAAAAUCAAAGUAGCCGCCAUGAACGGUAAGACGCACUAUAUCUCGACGAUCUCACGAAAAAAUAGGAGACUGAACAGUCUACGAUGAUUCGAACCCUCGUUAACUCGAACUGUUUUUCGUUUCCCUUCAGAGUUCGAGUUACCGCGGUUCUACCGUACUUGUACACAUGCUAUAAAAUUCUUCAGCUUAUAAUAGUUAUUGCCAGUAAUUCUUCGCAUUUCUAAAACUACUCUGUAAGCUUUCCGCUUGCUUUGGGGCUUCUCAGAAAUAGCCUGGCGUGUAAGGAUUAGGAUACAUGUACAAGCAAAUCCAAGUAUCACAGUGUUUAAUAACAAAGUUGAUGGACAAAGAAAUAGAAAUCCAUGAUCACCUAUGCACCUAGACUUUUUCCAAUUCCUUCGCUUCUCAUUUCCGGUUCCGGUAGUUGGCCCCCGCGCGAAGGACUUUUAUCCCCUGCAGCGCGCCGAAUUUACACGAGGAAUUUUACUCCUGUAGGUUUUAUCCAAUCACGAACGGUUUACUGAUGCGCCGUCAAUCAAACCCGAUCACGCCACAUGAAACGUGAAAUUCAACUGAACCGUGUAUUCAACUGAUUCAAAUAUAAAGCUUUAGUGGGCGUUUUAUCUUCCUCUAUUUAAAGUACGCAAAUAGUUCGCGCCAAAAUGACGUCACUUGAUGCGAUUUUUUCCAGGGAAAACAAGUCGAGCUCUCGCUCUCUCGCUCGCUUUUGCCGUAGAAAACGUAAAAUCUACCGCUCGCGCUUCGCGCUCGUGAAAAAUUUUGAGUUCGACUUAGGCAAGUCUACUAUGCACCGUGUUUCGUGCAAUAUAUGCUGCUGUAAGAGCAGGACCUUUGAUUAGACUGUAUCCUUAUCUACUGUGACAGUGUCUUUGAUCUAACCUUCUUGAGUUUUCAUUCACAGUUGAGAAGAAAAGACUUGGACAGAAGAUCUCACAAGUCAUGCGUGAAGCAGAAAGCAUGGAGACUGAAGACUGAUUGUUUCACUUUUUCCGGGCUGUGCCAUUUUGAAAUGAAAUAAAUGAACCUCGACAGAGUAAACUGUGUUAAUGGCUUUGUUACGUUAAACAAAUUCUGCCUGUCAGUACAGAAAGAGGU